AUGGCCUCCAGCAGCAGCAGCAGCGGCAGCAGCACGACAUCGACGGCAGCGCUCCGUGCGCAAGUUCGCCCCCACCCCACUCUUCCCGGCGAGGUCGAGUUUGUGUCCAAGGAUGCCCUCCUCUCGUUCGACCAAGGCUUCUUCGUGGCGGUCAAGGGCAUUCAGUUGCUCCGCCAGCACAACCGCCGCACCACCAUUGUUUCCAUCGCCGGGCCAUCGGGUGCGGGCAAGACCAGCAUCGCCAAGAAGAUAGCGGAGGUCAUCCCCAAGAGCCUGGUGGUGUCGCUGGACAACUACCUCGAUGGCUCACGCGUGGUGGAGGAGAACUACGACGACUACCGCCUGGUCGACUUUGAGCUGCUCGUUAAGAACCUCACGGACCUGAAGGAGGGGCGGGAAACAGAUCUGCCCCUGUACGACUUCCGGAGGAGCGGCCGGUACGCGUACUUGCACGUGCCUCCGCCGGAGUCGCGUGUGGUGAUCGUGGAGGGCACCUACGCCCUCCACGAGCGCGUGCGUGGCCUCGUCGAUCUCGCCAUCUCCGUGUCCGGGGGUGUGCACUUCGACCUCGUCAAGCGCAUCUUCCGUGACAUCCAACGCACCGGACAGGAGCCUCGCGAAGUGAUCCAGCAGAUUACGGAAACGGCCUUCAUCGAACCCGAUCUGGAAAAGGCGCACAUCCGCAUCGUGAACAGCUUCAACCCGUUCAGCGGCCUCUUGAACCCCAUCUACACCCUCAAGUCCGCUACGGCCGUCCCGCGGGAGAAGAUCGAGGAGGUGGUCAAGGCCACACUCUCCUCGAUGGGCAAGACCGCCAAGGACGUACGCACCGACUACUACUACGAUAUCUACCUGCGCCCACCGGGGACGAACCAGCACCACAACAACCACAGCAACCCCGAGCAGGCCAUGUACGGCCUCUUCGUCUUAUUGUCCUGCUCCCUCCCCCUUCCAUACGCCAACAAUCUGAUCCCUGAGGACAAGCGGCGGCGGCGGAUGGCGGAUGGCAGGCACACGCAACACGGGCUGGAUUGGAUUCGCAUGCGGAACAACGGGGGCACCUACACCCUCCAGUUCUCCGAGUCGCUCAAGGAGGACGAAUUCAUCAUCGCCCCCACCAUGGACUUCCAGGUCAACGUCAAGAUCCUCGGUGGUCUAAUGGCCCUGGGCUAUUCGAUAGCGGUCAUCAUCCAUCGCCGCUCCAUCGUAUUGGGGGGCCAUGAGGAGCUCUCCGUCACGCUCGACACGCUCGAAGAGCUGGGGGCGCAGACCUUCGUGCAGAUCAAGGGAAGCAGCCGCCAGCUGGUGGAGCAGGUGGGCGAGAAGCUGGGCUUGGUGGGGGCCUACAUCCCCAAGUCCUACAUCGAGAUCUACCUCGACCAGUUCGCCCCCGCUCCCCGAUCGCCCGCCCCCGCGACUCCUGCAGCUGCUGCUCGAGGAGCAGGAGGGCUGCCGUCGGUGGCUGGCGAUGCAGCCCUGCAAGCCUUCGUCAACGCCAAGCUCUGA